AUGCCAGAUUGCCGUAAAUACCGAGGUAUAAGGGUCAGCCGGAAAGGCCGAGAGGCUCAUCCAACGUUGCUUCCGCCGUUACACCCACUCCCUCGUUCACUCCGCGAAGAUCCGAGUCAUCACGAGAGAGUAGAAAAUACACAACGACUGCACCAGGGCGGAGAUGACGAUUCCUGUAUAUUCAGUCUUGACGGUGUUGACUAUCCAAAACAUCGCGAUGCCGAGUUUCGCUUCUCAGUCAAGUUCGUUGACGGAGUCGGAGUCAUCGGCGAAAGAGAAAGCGUGAGACUCGUGCAGCGACAAGAGUUGAUCAAGUACGUGGUCCAAUGA